ACUACUAAAAGCAAUCAACAAUCCAAAAUGGUUGCACCAUCAAGUUUCUUGGUUGCUUUUAUCUUUCUCUCAUUCUUUUUUUGUUUUUAUCCUCAUCACGCAAUAGCUCAACAUGCUGUCAAGCCCGUUACGAGACACUAUAAGUUUGAUAUACGAUUGCAAAAUGUGACAAGACUGUGUCAAACCAAAAGCAUAAUAACCGUCAAUGGGAAAUUCCCGGGCCCAAGGAUUAUUGCUAGGGAAGGUGACCGGUUGGUGAUCAAGGUGGUGAACCAUGUAUCAGACAAUAUUACUAUUCAUUGGCAUGGAGUUCGACAAUUUCGUAGUGCAUGGGCUGAUGGGCCAGCUUACAUUACUCAAUGCCCCAUUCAAACGGGCCAAUCAUAUGUCUACAACUUCACCAUUGUUGGUCAGACAGGAACCCUUUGGUACCAUGCCCAUGUUUCAUGGAUUAGGUCGACCCUUUACGGGCCAAUUGUCAUUCUCCCAAGACGUAACACUUCAUACCCUUUUGUGAAACCUUACAAGGAAGUCCCCGUUAUAUUUGGUGAAUGGUGGAAGGCCGAUACAGAAGCCGUGAUCAACCAGGCCCUUCAGACCGGAGCUGGCCCAAAUAAUUCAGAUGCUUAUACCAUUAACGGGCUGCCUGGGCCACUAUACAAUUGUUCUUCACCAAAAGAAACUUUCCAUCUCAAGGUGAAGCCCGGGAAGACAUACCUUCUUCGUUUGAUCAAUGCUGCCCUCAAUGACGAACUCUUUUUCAAAAUCACAAACCACACAUUUACGAUUGUCGAUGCUGAUGCAAGUUAUGUGAAGCCAUUUACAACAGAUACAAUCUACAUUACACCAGGCCAGACAACUAAUGUUCUACUCAAGACCAAAAACCUCACCUCAAACGCCAAAUUCUUGAUGGCAGCCAGACCCUAUUCCACUGCAGCUGCAGGAACAUUUGACAACACCACCGUUGCAGGUGUUCUCGAGUACAACGCUAAUAUGAUGUCAUUCACCAAUGCUUCCAUCAAAGGCCUACCCCUGCCUUCACUCCCUGCUAUAAAUGCCACUUCAUAUGUAGCCAAUUGGACCAAUAAAUUUCGCAGUUUGGGAAAUUCACAAUUCCCAGUAAAUGUUCCACAAACUGUCCAAAACCGUUACUUUUUCACUGUCGGGCUAGGGACUGACCCGUGUCCCAAAAACCAAACAUGUCAAGGACCCAAUAAUAACACCAAAUUUGCAGCCUCAAUCAACAACAUUUCCUUUAACACGCCAACUAUUGCACUUCUUCAAGCGCAAUACUUGGGAAAAACAAAUGGGCUUUUUUCCACAAACUUCCCGUCAUUCCCUCUUAACCAAUUCAAUUACACGGGCACCCCGCCUAACAACACCAUGGUUUCUCAUGGGACUAAAGUCGUAGUCCUACCAUACAACACCACGGUGGAGCUGGUUAUGCAAGGCACCAGCAUUCUUGGGGCUGAAAACCACCCUCUUCAUCUACACGGACACAACGUUUAUGUAGUCGGUCAAGGUACAGGAAAUUUUAAUUCUGCAACUGACCCUGCCAACUAUAAUCUUGUUGACCCGGUUGAAAGAAACACAGUUGGUGUGCCUUCUGGCGGAUGGGUUGCAGUCAGAUUUCGGGCUGAUAAUCCCGGGGUUUGGUUUAUGCAUUGUCAUAUUGAGAUUCACUUGAGUUGGGGUUUGAAAAUGGCUUGGGCUGUUAAAGAUGGAAACCUUCCAAACCAAAAGUUACCUCCGCCACCUUCUGAUCUUCCAAAGUGCUGACUUUGACUUUAUUUGGUUACCCAAAAUGUUGACUUUGACUCCAUGAGUCUUUUGUUUUUCGAGUUUCCAAGUUACGUAUUUGUGAGUGAUUGUUUGUACGGCGUUUUUGGCUAUUCAAUGCUCUUUUUUUUUCCUUCAAAUGUAUGUAAAUUGUUACAAUAAUUGUUUGAUAUGCAAAAAGUAUUUUAUUUAAAUGUUUAUACUUUA